AUGCAUAAUUUCAGCAGCCCAGAGUCAGUUAAUGGAUGGAGCAAUAAAUCAGUGGUUACUGAAUUCAUUUUGUUGAGGCUUUCUAGUUCUCGGGACAUCCAACUCUUCUUUUUCUUUAACUUUUCAGUGUUUUAUGGAGCUCCAGUGUUGGGAAACAUCCUUAUCAUCCUCACAGUAAUUAUAGACUCUCGCUUACACCGGCCAAUGUAUUUUCUUCUUAGCAAUCUCUCCUUUAUUGAUGCGUGUCAGGCUACAUUUGCCACUCCCAAAAUGAUUGCAGACUUCCUCAAUGAACAUAAGACCAUCACCUUCCAGGGAUGCAUGUCACAAAUAUUUUUCUUGCAUAUUUUUGGGGGUAGUGAGAUGGUGCUUCUUGUUGCCAUGGCCUAUGAUAGAUACAUUGCUAUAUGCAAACCUCUGCACUACAUGACCAUCAUGAGCCCAAGGGUGUGCACUAUUUUAAUGGGGGUCUCCUGGACCACUGGCAUUCAUGUCAAUCUUCCUUUCUGUGCACCCAAUAAGGUAGAUAAUUUCUUUUGUGACCUUCCCCUUGUGAUCAAGCUUGCCUGCUUAGACACAUAUGUUUUAGAGAUCCUGGUGCUCACCAAUAGUGGCCUGCUCUCACUUAUCUGCUUCCUCCUUUUGCUCAUUUCUUACAUUAUUAUCCUUGCUACUGUCCACCACCAAGCCUCUGGUGGCAUGUCCAAGGCGUUUUCCAUCCUGUCUGCCCAUAUUACUGUUUUGGUUCUGUUCUUUGGUCCAUUAAUCUUCAUUUAUAUUUGGCCCUUUGAAAGCUUCCCAACUGUUAAAUUUAUUUCUGUGUUUUUUACUGUCUUUACUCCUGUCCAUAACCCCAUGAUCUACACAUUGAGGAAUAAAGAUGUAAAGGAAGCCAUGGAAAAUCUAAGGAACUGA